AAUUUCAAUUACUUCUUACAGGUAUCUUGCUGAGUUUGAAACCCCAGAAGUCUGUGGAGAAAAUGCUAUGGUUGUGUAUCCAAGACUUGACCCUGCACUUCAAAAACAGUGGAAUGGAGCUCUGACAGAUAAACGCAAUGGUGACUUAACUGAAAAGGGCUAUUAUAAGGAACUGGAGCAUAUUUUCACUUUGGCAGGUUUACUGCUACCAUCCAGUAUCAAGACAUCUCUUAUGGACAAGGCAAAAGAGGAAUCUGGCAGCUUUCAAAACUGUAACACCAAGCUUGAAGAAGCAAAUAUGAGGAUAAUUGAACUUGAAGAGGAGAUAAGGAUAAAGGAAGAAGUAAUAAUGGAACUGCAAGAAGGAAAAAGAGAACUAUAGUUAACAUGUAUGUAUUUUUAUGUAACCACGGUACAUAUUUGAUUGUUUUAUCACAAGGAGAUUUUUUUUUUUAUUGAAAUGGUGUCUACGUAGUUUUAUUUUGUCUGAUGUAUCUUAUAGUAUGUCCAACUAUACUUUUGUAAUGCCAAUUUUCCUAUUGUAUAGUUUAUAAAAUACAAUUGUGUUCUCAUAAUAAGUUGUUGCAUUCCAUAAGGUCUACCAAUACUGUUCUUAGACAUAUCUUAUUUGAUUAUCUUAGUUUCUGUUUCUUAGAAAUAUUGUUAUUGCUUGGAAUAUUUUAUACACUAACCUAGUCACUCCAUCAGGUUGUUUGAGGGGGAAUAUGACAUGGCUAAAUUAAUUUAUAGGUAAAAUUUAUACAGAGAAUUAAUUAUUCUUUUUAACUGAUGAAGUUUUCUUUCUUUUAUCUAAUGGAUGAAGGGAGGUGUUUCUUUAUAAAAAAUAUUAAAUUAUGGUUAUCAUCAUUAUUGUUAACACUGAAAUCUUUAUUGGUAUAAUAGGUUUUUCAGUUUUCAAUUUUGUACAAGUAACUUACCCAGCAGAUAUAUACUUAGCUAUAGACUCGGUCGUCCCGACAG